CUUUGAACAGAGGGCAGUAAAUAUUGGCAGACAGUCUGUAAAUGCAGUUGAACUUAGGGGAAUAAAAGAGGAGUACCUAGACGAUGAGACGUGAUUGGACGAUGAAAAGGUUUUUAUAUGAGGAAGAACAUUCUGUGACAAACCAAGUCAAACCAUAAAGACCUUCGGCUGCGGUGACAAAAAAUCUGUCCUCCAAGAAAUCAGAAAUCAUGAAAGACAUUGUCCUGUUUCAUUUGCUGCUCCUGUUUGGAAUUAAUUCAGCCCAAAACUAUCGAAAUGUGGCUUUACGUGGCAAAGCCACUGAGUCUUCUCACUACAAAGGAGAGUGGGAUGGGUUCGUGGAUGCCUUUAAAGCUAUAGAUGGAAACCGAAAUUGGAACCUUAAAAAAGGAUCUUGCAGCCACACUGACACUGAAUCCAACCCCUGGUGGAGAGUGGACCUGCUGGACUCGUAUGUCGUCACCCAGGUCAUCGUCACCAACAGAGGAGACUGCUGCGAAGAGAGGAUCAACGGAGCAGAGAUUCGCAUCGGGAACUCUCUACAAAACAAUGGUGUUGAAAACCUGCUAGCUGCUACAAUCUCCUCCAUUCCAAGGGGAGUCUCGCAGACAAUAAAUAUUCCUGGCCUUGUGGAGGGACGUUAUGUCACUAUUGUGAUACCGGGAUCAGACAAGAUUCUGACUCUCUGUGAAGUGGAGGUCUACGGGUACCGCGCCCCAACCGGUGAGAAUCUUGCCCUUCUUGGCAAAGCCACACAAUCCUCUCUGUUCGAAGCUGGUGAUCCAUUGAGGGCCAUUGAUGGAAAUCGCAGAAACGAGUGGACUCAGGCUUCCUGCACGCACACAACAAGAGAACCAAACCCUUGGUGGCGACUGGAUAUGCUGAAAAUACGCAAAGUCUUUUCCGUUAAGGUCGUCAACCGGGAUGUAAUUCAAGAACGACUCAACGGCGCCGAGAUCCUCAUAGGAAAUUCUCUUGAGAACAACGGGAACAACAAUGCCAGAUGUGCUGUGAUCUUAGUUUCUCCAGGAAAGAUGCUUUAUGAGUUUAACUGCAAUGGGAUGGAGGGACGCUACCUAAACAUCAACAUCCCCAGCAGGAGCGAGUACCUUACUCUUUGUGAGGUUGAGGUUUACGGCUCCACGCUGGAAUAAAGUCUAUAGUGGCUGUUUGUGUUGCUCACAAAAACCUGAUGCUUCUGCUCAAUAAAAAGGCUUUCAAAUGUG